GUUGAGACUUCCGCACAUGCGUAGACUGACCUAUCAGUUGAUGCUGAUCGAGCACUGUCACUUGGAUUUAUGAACUACGUUCUCACUUGAGACUUUGUCUUUGAGACUACAGUAUGUCUCAGGGGGAAAAGAAGGCUGGUCUGCUGAGGAGGACUUCAUCCUCCAAGAAGCCUUUAAAAGAGAAGGUUGUCCUGAUGUACGAUGAGAUCUUUGCGAAAGAAGACCCCUCCAAAAACAACCCUCGCUUCUGGGAUGAGUUGUUUCUUAUGAAGGUGAACCUUGAGUAUUUAGAAUCUAAACUGGAGAGUGUGGAUGGUGAAGAGGUUCAGCGAAUCCAGGACAACAUCAACUCUCUGUUCCACCACUGCGUUCAGGCUCUAGGAGAGGAACAUCAGAUCAAAGUGGUCAAUGCACUGCAGACCCUCUGUGCCCUUUUUAGAGGAGUCCAUCAGAAGAAUAAGUCAGCAUCUGGCUUUGACAUCAUCAACAUGCUAAUGGGCUUUGACAAGGCUGAGAAGAGAAUGAAGGACCUGAUGGAGAGACUGGACAGCCUUGUUUGUGGCGAUGGCUCGGAGAGUCUGAAGAGCCUCUGUCUAAAGCUACUACUGUGUCUGGUGACGGUAACAGACAACAUCAGUCAGAACACCAUUCUGGAGUAUGUGAUGAUCAACAGCAUCUUUGAAGCUAUUCUGCAGAUACUGUCAGAUGUGACCAGUAGAGGGCAGCAUGGCUACGAUGCUGUUGUCCUCCUUGCUCUCCUGGUGAACUACAGAAAAUAUGAGUCUGUGAAUCCCUACAUAGCAAAACUUUCCAUCGUGGAUGACGAGCCAACACUGGAUGGAAUGGGUGUUGUUGUCCAUCAAGCUCUGAUGGAGUAUAACAGGCAGUACAAAGACAAAGAAGAGGAGAACCAGGGUGGGUUUUUCUCAACCCUCACCAGCAUGGUGGGCAGCAUGUUCAUUGCAGAUGCUGAUGAGAAACUCUCUGUGCAGACCAACGAAGCAAUCCUGCUGGCGCUGUACGAAGCUGUGCAUCUCAAUCGCAACUUUAUCACCGUACUAGCACAGAGUCACCCUGAGAUUGACAUUCCAACAACAACCGUAACCCCAACUACACCCACACCUACAACGCCACUUGGCACGACACCGCCCUCCCUGGACAUGAUGAACAAUCCUGAACUACCUCUGGAUCCCAACCUACAGACCAGCAACCUUCUGAUUACCUUCCUGAAAUAUGCUUCAAUUGUAAUGCAAGACACUAAAGAUGAGCAUAGGCUCAACAGUGCCAGGCUGUGCCUUAUUAUCCUCACUUGCAUUGCAGAGGACCAGUACGCUGAUGCCUUUCUACAUGACGACAACAUGAACUUCAGAGUCAAUCUGCACAGAAUGCCAAUGAGGCACAGAAAGAAGCCUGUGGACAAGAACACCCCUUCGCGACCACUGGUGUGUGCCAUUCUCGAUCUGAUGGUGGAGUUUGUUGUUACUCACAUGAUGAAGGAGUUUCCCAUGGAUCUAUAUCUACGCUGUGUACAAAUCAUCCACAAACUCCUCUGCUACCAGAAGAAAUGUCGAGUCAGGUUGCACUACACUUGGAGGGAACUCUGGUCAGCCCUCAUCAACCUGCUCAAGUUCCUGCUGUCUAAUGAGACAACUCUGUUGGCCAAAUACAACAUUUUUCAUCUCGCCUUAAUGGUUGUAAAUCUGUUCAACAUGUUCAUCACUUACGGCGACACCUUUCUGCCCACGUCCAACAGCUACGAUGAGCUUUACUAUGAAAUUGUCCGAAUGCACCAAGUGUUUGACAACCUGUACUGUAUGGUUCUCCGGGUCUCAACCAACACAGGCCAGUGGAAGGAGGCGGCCAGUAAAGUGACACACGCACUCAUCAAUGUCAGAGCCAUCAUCAACCAUUUUAACCCAAAAAUCGAGUCUUAUGCUGCUGUGAACCACAUCUCUCAGCUGUCAGAGGAGCAGGUGCUGGAGGUGGUCCGCUCCAACUAUGACACACUGACCCUCAAACUGCAGGAUGGCCUGGACCAGUUUGAGAGAUACUCGGAGCAGCCGAAGGAGGCGGCUUUCUUCAAGGAGCUGGUGCGCUCCAUCAGCCUGAAUGUGAGGAAGAACGUCUCCCUGAACACGCUGAGUCAAGACCUCCUGCUGAAAGAGUUCUCCACCAUUUCCUGAAGACUCUCUCAGGAGUCACAGAGUAGUUGUUGCUGUGGAUGUUCACACAAAGACCUAGCUUCUCGUUCCUAAUCUGGCUUCUUUUCCCCCAAACUUCGCCUCUGAAACUCAAAUCUGAAGACACGUUCCGGUGAGGAACUUUGACUACAAGUCCUCACAUCACUCUGGACAUUUGGGCCGCUGCAUUCAUAUAUGUGGGUGUGUGACUCUCUAAGUAAAGUGCACCAUGUGUGCUGUCAACCUCUGUGGCUGGACUGUUAGACAGAGAUGUGUUUUCUCUCUGUGAUCACCUCCCAACCGCCGCUCAUCUCUCUGUUCUUCCUUCUUAUGUUGGUGUGAUGUUUUUCUAACAACACUAACGGACUUCUGGUGAAUCUUGGUUCUGUUUGACUAACAAGCCCAGUCACACACAACUUGUCUGUGAUCAUACUAAACAAGUAUAAAGCUUGUCAUGUGUGUCAUAUGUCCAGUGUUCACUACAGUUAGUCUGGCAGGUCGCCUUGCCUCCGCUUGAAUUCAUGUUCCGUUCAGCUAACACGUGCAAUCCCACUGACAAUAAGUGAAUUCUGAAAGUAAAUAAUCACAUAAAUUCAACCGUUUUCAUUCUUGUUUUUAAUCAAAUCCUUCCAGAGUUAUGCAAUUUCUUAAAGUGAUUAUUUCACUUUUGUCUGGCUUUAUU